GAAGUUGCGUGAAGUGCUGACCACAUGUAACAUAUGGCUCGUGUGGUAGGAUAUGUCAGCUUUCCCCACCACUCCGUUAAGCGCUAAGGAAGUUCGUCGUUACUAGUGUCGUCGUCGAUGCACUCAAUUAUGCCAGAUCUGGCCACACUGCUGCUAUACAAUAAUAGCAUAGUUGACCAUCACUGCACUGCUGAUAGUAGUGGAUAGUGGUAACCAAUUUUAUUAUCCGUCAGAUGAUUCGCCAGGUGUAAAUAAUGGCGAACGAAAAGUUUAAAAUGGAUCAAAUAAAGAUUUCAAAGGUGGAAAAUGUGAGGAUUCUUGACAAAUAUAGUAACAACCACUCUAUCGGAACCCUUUACUUAACUGUCACUCAUUUUGUAUUCAAAGAACGGAAUGGAAAGAAACAAAUUUGGGUUUUACAUACUCACAUUUCAAAUAUUGAGAAACAAGCAUUAACAACAACAGGUUCGCCAUUAUGUAUUAAAUGUAAACACUUUUUUAUUGUAACAUUUAUCAUUCCAAAGGAACGUGAUUGCCAUGACACAUAUCAAACCCUAUUGAAAUUAUCUUGUCCAGUAAAUUUAGAUGAUCUCUAUUGUUUCCGUUAUCAAGCAAACAGGGACACCUUACCACAGCAUGCAGGAUGGAAUUUUUUUAAUGUUCAAAGCGAGUUUCAAAGGCAAGGUGUUCCAAAUGAAGAAUGGUCCCUUACAUAUUUAAAUACAACUUAUGAACUUUGCGACACGUACCCGAAGUAUUUGUACGUACCUAGUACGUGUGCCAAUAGCACCUUAGUGGGCAGUGCAAAGUUCAGAAGCAGAGGAAGGUUACCAGUUUUAACAUAUUUACAUUCUAACAAGGCUGCCAUUUGCCGUUGUAGUCAACCUUUAUCAGGAUUCAGUGCACGGUGUCCCGAGGAUGAACAAAUGAUGUAUAAUAUUCUGUGUACAAAUCUUAAUUCUAAAUAUAUGUACGUUGUAGAUACACGACCGCGCAUCAAUGCUUUUGCUAACAAAGCUGCGGGGAAAGGGUAUGAAAACGAGAACUUUUAUGACAAUAUAAAGUUUCAUUUCUUUGGUAUCGAGAACAUACACGUAAUGAGAACCAGCUUAAAUAAAUUAAUAGAACUACAGAGAACAACUUCGAUGAGCACGUUUUUAACUGGUUUGGAAAACAGUGGAUGGCUUAAACAUAUACGAUCUAUAUUAGAAACUGCUUGGUUUAUUACUCGAGCAGUUUCGAACGGUGUUAGUGUAGUAGUACACUGUAGCGAUGGUUGGGACCGCACUGCUCAAGUAUGUUCAUUAAGUGCACUAUUAUUAGAUCCAUUUUAUAGGACGAUUCAAGGUUUUCAAGCGUUAAUAGAGAAAGACUGGUUAUCAUUUGGGCAUAAAUUUAACGAUCGAUGCGGUCACAUUAGCUGUGAUAGUAAAGAAUUAGCGCCAAUUUUUACACAAUUCAUUGACGCAACGUAUCAGGUGUUGCAGCAGUAUCCGCAUAAAUUUCAAUUUAAUGAAUUUUUUUUAUUAACUCUUCAUGAUCACGUACAUAGUUGCCAGCAUGGCACUUUCAUAGGGAACUCUGAAAAAGAGAGAAACGCCCUUAGAGUAUCGGAGAGAACAUAUUCUCUAUGGGGGGAAAUGGCGAUUAAUAUGCACGAAUACAUAAAUCCACUCUACAAGUGUAAUCGUUUUAAUGACGAGUCCAGUAGCGUUCUCCAACCGAAAUUGGCACCACAGAACAUUAUUUUGUGGCGGGGGAUGUACUUCCGAUUUGAAAACGGUAUUCAUCCCAGAGAAACGUAUGAAGAUUUCCUUUUAGUAAUGCACGAUCAUACCAGUUGCUUAGAAGACCACGUUAAGCUCCUUGUGAAGAGAGUGGGCUCCUUGAAUUCGGUAAUGAAUUUGAAUAAUGUACAAAAAAAGGGACUACAAGGGAAGCUAAAAUUUGAUAACAAGUUCGCCAAGGAUCCGUUGUCUGAAACGAUAAUAGAAAAUACGACGAAUCACGAAGAAAAAAUUAAGAAUAAAAUAAAAAUUAAUCAGCUAGAGAACGAAUUAAAGACGGUUGCUUUAGAUUGGAAAUCGACACGCAAUAUGGAAGAGUGUGCAUGUUCUACUACAUUCGACGCAUUUAACCGACAGCAUCAUUGUUGGUCAUGCGGCGAUGUACUGUGUAUAUGGUGCAUGGGUGCACACGCAGUUCUUAGUGGUCACCUUUCACAACGUGCAGUGCCUACUUGUGAGUCAUGUACUCAAAAUUCCAGUAUUCCAUCUACUAGUCCCUAAGUUACUUCCUUUACACAUUUGAAUUUGAGACCUGUACCUAAGAUGUAUAUUGCAUAUAAUGAUUAGAUAACGUGUUAUUAUUAAGAUUAAUUGCAAUGCAGAAGAAAGGAGGAUAGAUAUAUCGAUUUUUAAACAGAUAUUUGCUGCAAUGGAAAUUUACAAUAGGAAAUUAUACAUAUAUUUUACAUUUUUACUUUCCUUUUUAAUAUAUUGGAACCAAAGCAUGACGAAUCUUAGAACGAAGAAGGAUACGAAAGAGUAUUAACAGAAUACAAUUUUAUUUUAAUUGCCAGUGCAAAUUGUAUUAUAAUAGUUAUUCUUAUAAAAAAUGCACAACUAUACCUUUUAAAUAAGACUGUUU